AAGAGUCGAAACCUUAAUUUCUCCGAACAUUUUACAUACUCCGCCGUAUAACAAUAAUAACAAUAAGCUUUUUACAUACGGAGUAUCUAGUUGAACCUCCAUAUAUUAUAUUAAAUUCUACCAUGCCCCCCAUAGUUUACCAUACUACCACUAAUAAUGAUAAUCAGCUGCACUCAUGCAACGCCGCCGCAAGUGGGAGGCUGAGGGCGGCCCAAUCUCCCUUGCCGCCAGGUCGAAACUCCGACGAACAUGGUGGAGAUUCGCCCAUUUCCCUCCAGAGCCAGCUAUCUCCGUUCGACGCGGCGGUGGAGAUUCACCCUCCGCCUCGGAAGCCUUCGCUCCGCAAAAUGACCGAGCAGAGCCUGGCCAUGUGCACCGAGAUUCUCGGGAGUGAAACCGGGGCCGACAUCUUUGAAAGCGACGAGCUUUACUCUCUCGUCGUUUCCACGGACAGGACGGCCCCGGGUCCACAUAAACAAGCGGACGAAUCGUUCAAUUCGUCCGGCUCGAGAGGGAAUAAUAAUAGUAGUAAGAAAAAGUGUUACUCAUCAAGAGGCGAUCGCAACAACUUUCCGCCUCCACUGACGACGAUGCGGGGCCCGGCUUGCCGCCGGCUCACAUGUCGGCGUGAAGGCGGAAGGCUGGUGGUCGCGGCGGCCGACGUCCUCUCGAGGCAAUCUUUCCGGCAGGUGGAGGCGAGCAGCGGCCGCCUCAAGAUAUUUUUUUACACAAACGAGGGGAAUACGAGUAAUUGUUCCGGCGACAAUAAUAAAUACGACGGCGGGGAUAGAGAUAGUGAAGCAGCCGCCGCCGGAACAGUAGGAGAAGAGAUUAUGACGGAGGAAGAAGACGGUGAGAGUGAAGCGGAGGAGAGUGGGAUAUUGGGUGUUGAUCAGGUGGAAAUGGGAAUGAAGAAAUGUGUGGCGGCGGCGGCGGCCGCGGCGGGGCGGAGUUGCAAGGAAGGCGGACAAGGCAUUUCCGAAAUUUUCGGGAUCCCUGUCCACAAUUCAAAAUUAUGUCUCUAUAGUUAGAUUUUUUAGAUUCGUUUUUUAAUUGUUAUGUUCUAAAAAAAUUACGUUAACCUUUUUUUAAUUAGGUAAUGAAUAUUAUGUGACUAC